UUACUGGUAUAGUUAGUACGUCGUUGUGAACAUGAGAGGAAGUUCUUUGCGGAAAUGGUUUGUUUAUCAAGAGUUGAGACUUAUGUAAAUGUCUGUUUGUGUGUGUGUGUGGACAGAAAAGGCCUCGCCACACCUCAUUGUGCGUGUGCGUGUGUGUGUGUGUGCGCUUCCAGAAAAGGGUGUGUCCGCCUGCCUGGCUGAAAGGGAGGGAGGGGCGACUCCUCCCUGCACCCCCCCCUCGCUCUCGUUCUCUGGCUUGUUAUUCCUCGCCGGCUCCUCAUUCCCUCAGUGGAAGCCUCGACAUUAGGCCUCAUUUCUCCCCUCUCGCCUUUUUUUUUUUUUUUUUUUUAAAUAGACUUUCUCUCCCCUUUUCAAAGUGAGAGGAGGAGCGGUGGCCAGAAGAAGAAGAAGAAGCCGUCGCCCGCCGCCCUGACGCAGGAGGCCGCACCGCCCUCGCCGGCCAAGGAGGAGGAAGAGGAGGACGAGAAGGAAGAGGAGGUGUCAGACAUGCCCUCGGUCCAGAUCAAAGCUGAGCCAGAGGAGAUGGAGUGCACGGCCGACGUUGGUGACGAGGGUUCCCGGCAGACCAACCCCGACGUGAAGACGGACGUGUGGAGCUGCAAGGCCGAGCCGUCCUCGCCGAGCCCGUGCUCGGCCGAGGACCAGACGGAACCGGUGGACCUGUCCCUCCACAAGCCUCGUUCGUCCUCGCUGCCCCUCGCCACCGUCAACGUGCCCGUCAACCCUGCGCCGGGAAGCGGGCUGGCACAGCCUGGACUCACGGCCACGCCCGUCACCUCGAACGUACAGUCGAUAGGAUCCAUGGUUCUUUCGCCAGGCUCCAUUUUGGCCACGCAGGGCGCGGGCGGUCAGCAAAUCCUCCACGUCAUCCACACCAUCCCGUCGGUCAGCAUGCCCAGCAAGGUGGGCCAACUGCAGACCAUCCCUGUGGUGGUGCAGUCUUUACCUGUGGUCUACACCACCAUGCCCGCAGACGGCGUCGCUACCGCGGCUAUCACCGUGCCGCUCAUUGGCAGCGACGGGCGAUCGGAAGGCUCGGUCCGCAUUAAGCCUGGCUCGACAUCUCCGGUGGAAUAUCACAGCGAAAGCGAUGCCGAGAGCGGAACGGAGUCCGGAUCGGCGUCACUCAGUGCCCAGAGCCUCGACACAGGGUCGGUGUUGGACUUGGAGCAGGUGGAUCCCGACUCCCCGGACGUGAAGAGGCGGCGGAUCCACAUGUGCGACUACGAAGGCUGCAAAAAAGUUUACACCAAGAGCUCGCACCUCAAAGCUCACCGACGGAUACACACAGGCGAAAAGCCGUACCACUGCACCUGGGAGGGCUGCACUUGGCGCUUCGCCCGCUCUGACGAGCUGACUCGGCACUUCCGGAAGCACACAGGCAUCAAGCCCUUCCGCUGCACCGAGUGCGACCGCUCCUUCUCGCGCUCCGACCACUUGUCCCUGCACCGCCGCCGUCACAUCAUGAUGUGAACUCUUUUGGUUAUUUGGAUUUUAUUCGAUUUUUUUCUCCCUUCGCCUACGAAACAAACGUUGCUACUGCAGUUCUACGACUCAUCUGUGGGAGCACUAGGCAUUAAUGGAGGUUGGGGAUUGGUUUUUCACUCAUCCGUCCAUCCUUCCAUCCCUACAUGUUUUCCCAAAUGGUGAAAUCCCACGUCUGGAUUCCUCCUUCCUCGCUUGGGGCGUGGCGUUUAAUUUUAAAGACUUCCGGACAUUUCUCUUGGAUUUUAUCCCCAUUUUCUUUUGUGAUAGGAAUGCACAAUCCUUUUAAUGCAUUGUCAAACUGUCUCGCUGCAGCACAGCUGAUAUAAGACGUGUUUCCUUCUUGGGGUGGGGUGUUUAAUUUUUACGAUCUAAAAGUAGAUGCCUGGACAAGUUCAUUUCUCGUGGACUUCAUCCCAUUUUCUUUCAUAGUAGGACAGCCCAACCCAUUUAUUGCAUUGGUCAACCUCUCACUGGAGUACAGGAGAUAUAAAACAUUUAUUUCAGCUUUGGGGUGUGGCAUUUAAUUUUUGAUCGUAAAAUUAGACGUCUUGACAACCAGUUUUUCAAGUUUUUUUGCAAGAUCCUAACCCCUUCAGAUCAUUUGUUGUCAAGCUGUCUCACUGCAUCACAGGAGAUGUAAAGACUUGUUUUAUCCAUGGGGUCAGGCAUUUAAUUUUUAUGAUCUAAAAGUAGACAUCGAGAGAACCAAAUUCAUUGACACUUUUAUAAUGGGACUUCCUAACCCUUUUAAAGCUCUGUUUAUAAAUUUGUUGUCAGGCUGUCUCACUGCACCACAUGUUAUGGAAGACAUUUAUGUCAUCCUUGGGGCACGGGGUUUAAUUUUAGAUGGUAGAAUUUGAUGUCCGGACAAUCACAUUGCUCAGUUUUCUUGCACUUUUGUAAUAGAAGUUCCCAACCAUGUUGAUGCAUUUGUCAAGCUGUUUCACUGCAGCAUAAGUGAUAUAUUUUCAUCCUUGGGGCACGGCGUUUAAUUUUUCCGAUCAAAAGGUAGACUUUCAGACAACCAGAUUUCUCAUCGAUAUGAUCCCAUUUUCAGUUAUCGGAAUUCCCAACCCUUUGAGUGCAUUUUCUGCAGGUGAGGCAAUGUGCAACACACAUUUCAUCUUUGGGGUCCGGCGUUUAAUUUUGCAGUCUAAAAGUAGAUGUCUGAACACCCCCCCUAUCUAUUCGAGAACUGUGAACUUUUUAAAGAAUUGUUACGUCACAUUCUUUUUGCAUAUCUUCCUCCCGCACACACUUUAUGAUCAUAAAAAAACAGUAUUUGCGUGUUAUCGUUCAGUUUUGUAGUUGUUUUCACUCCCUUGUGACAGAAAUAGUCUCUUUUUUUGUUGUUGUUUUUUAACUAUUUCCGAUCUUUGGUCGUCUUUUAAACGCUGUGAAGAAGUCGUCGUCGGAGAAGUUAGAAUGAUCUCGCAGGGAAAUGCGGGAGCUUUUUCCGAGCUUUUCCGAGUGGUGGCGCAUGUUUUUUCUUUCGUGUGUUUGUGCGUCUGCAUGUUUUGCAACGAACACAUCGUCGGAAUUUAGAAUUAUUAUUGGUAUUUUUUUGUAAUUCAACGAGUGUGCGUUCCGGGCACUUGGACCUCUUGCCCGUCGAGCCUUAAGAACCGAAGGCGACCUGAGGAAAAAAAAGACGAAAACCAGAACCCCUGGUAGCCUACGUUCUGCGGAAAAGAUCGUUUGUCGGAGAAGCCGACUUUUGUUGGCAUUGUGGCAGGACAACCGGACAUCUUUUACAAAUGUCCAAUUUCCCAGUUUUAUCGAACACAGCAUAAGCCUGCAUUGUUGAUUCCCGGAUAAAAUAUUUUCUUGGACGAUCAAGAACGUUAGGAUGUUUGUUAUGCCGCCUUCGAGAAAAUUGGGACUUCACACUUUUCCUCAUUAUACAUUGCAAAAAUGGCAAUCGCAAAAGGCUACAUUGUUGCCUACUGACUACAACGCAGUCGCUGAGGCUCUCAAUUAGGCGAAUUUAAAGAUGUCGGGAUGUUUUCCUUGCUACAUUUGAGGAAACCGGGAGGUACAACAUUUCCUCUUUAUAGGUAGAAAAAUUGCCCAUUUUUUUCAAACGCAGCACAAGCUGUGCGUUGUCGCGUACCGAAAAAUAAUCGUUGAUGAUGAUCUGCAUUGUGCGAAUUCAAGUCACUCACAUUUCUAAUGAGGUGUUUGAGAAAAUGGCAUUUCCCCACUUUUCCCUUUAUACGUAUGCAUUUAAGAAAACUGGGAUUUUACACUUUUCUUUCCCGUGUGUCGGAAAUUUCAUGGUUUUAUGGAAUGCAGCACAACAUGAUAAAACACAUCUCCAAUGGCAAGCUUUUCAGACUUCAGAUGUUCUUCUUUAGGAUAAAAAUUAAAUUGUGUGCGUGGUGGCAUUCUUGUCAUUUUGAAAGCUAGGACAUGAGACAAGAAUUUUUGUGGGCAUUGUUGAAAAAAGAAAAAAGAAAACAAACAAAAAAAACUAACCAACAACGUACCCCAUUAUUUCCGAGUUCCUAACGCAAAAACAUCUGAUCUGAUUCUCAUUUUCCCCACAUGUCUUACCUUUUCUACCACUUUUCCUAGUAACAGGAUGUAAAUGUCCCAGUUUUAUUGAAUGCAGCAUAAGGCUACAUACUAUAGAGCUUUUCAUUUUGCAUCCGUGCCGCUGUUGUUCUUCAGGAUAUAUACAUUUACCUUGACUUUGUAACUUGAUGUACUUUUCCAAGUCACAGCUUAGAGAAAUUUCUGUAAAAAUGCAAACAUUUUUACAAUGUGGAAAAAUGUGAAAUCCCAGAUUUAUCAAAACCAGCGUUGGAAACUGACCACAGUGACUGUAUGCGACUCAAAUUUCCACAAUAGAAAGUAUCUUCAAGGGAGAUGUUUCGGUAAGCGAAGAUUUCUUGGGCUCGAUUUGAGAAAACUGGGAAAUUUCCAGCCUACAACAAGGAAAAGUGUGAAAUUUCCCGAUUUUAUCGAAUGCAGCCUCAGCUGGUAAAACACAUUUGACCACACGCUUAUUGUACUGCUUACUUUCAUCUUUAAAAACAAUUGCAACAAAUGUUUUUCAGUGGCGACCUUCACAUCAAUCCGAAAGCUAGGACACGAGAGCAUUAAUAAUCUUUGGGUAAAAUGAGGCCAAAAAAAAGACAAAAACUAUCUAUCAUUCUUCGCGACUUAUCGACUCAAAAACAUCUGUCGAUUCACGUUUGGAGGGAUUUAUUUUUAUUUUUUUUCAGAUUUCUCGCCUUUUUUGCUUGGUCUAACUACAAGAAGAAAACAGAAAAAGCACAUCUUUCUAGAAGAGUUUAUGCAUCCUUUUGUAAACAUUAAGGACAAUGACAAAAAAAUAAGAGUUAAAAAAAAAGAAUCCAUGUACAUAAAUGUAUAUAAUCAAAAAGUAAAUGUAACGGGUGAAGUUCUAUUUUUAACACUGACUAGAUAAUGUGAACCGCCUCCCUCCUUCCCUUUUUCUUCUACUUUGUUGGUUUUCUUAUUUUUACACCUUUUUUUGUAGUUUCUUACAAAUAAUAAUAAUGAUAACAAUAAUAAUAAUAAUAAUAUUGGUCCCACUUGUGUUGUGCAUACUUGUGUUGCAUGGAGAGUCACCCUCUUGUUUUCCGAUAGUGACGUUGGUGAGCAUGUCGCUGUGUGCGUGUGUGUGCAAAACAUCAGACUUUUUGAGAGAUAAAAAUGUCUUGAGUUUUAUAUGAUCCAUUCUGCACAAAACCUUUAAGAAAAGAAAAAAGUCCCGUGUUGGCACCGAUAUUUGUUUCCGCAACGACGACGAGCUAGCAGUUAGCAUUUUGACGAUUUGUGUAUCAAUUUCUGUUUCAUAUUUUAUACAAAACAAAAAACAACAACAUUGGAACGAUUGACUACAUGCGUGCUAUGUGAUAUGUUAGUGAUUCAUCUUUCUCAAAAAAGGAAAGUGAUACAUCCGAUUUUUGUAUAAAAUGAUGAUUCAUCGUGUUGCGCUCAAGUGACACGUUUCAGUAAAGCUAGCCAUGCGAGCUAGCCUAGCUUCAGUCUUUUGUUUUGCUCAUUUUGAGUUAGACAAUUGCGCUAAUAGUCAGCAAUUUGACGAUUUGGGGUACCAACGUCACAAUGUUUCGACGACAUAGUUCACAUUUUUACACAAAACAAAAACAUGCAUGUUACAUGCGAACAUGUUAGCAUUAAGCACUACUUUAGCCACGUGGAUGCUACAUGCUAACAACAACCACUAAUUUCUAUCAUUUUGAUUUACAGUGUUGAAAAGCUAAGGAUUUGGGGGUAAUGAAGGUGGUUUAAUUUUUAUGACGUUUUAAAAAUGUUCACUGCCAAGCAUGCAUGCUAACAUGUUAGAAAUCAUCCAUAUGUGUUGCUAUCAGUCGUCACAAUUGUGUUUUGCGAGCAAGAAGCCUCCAAACAGUUAGUGUUUAGCCAUACAUGCUAAACUAGCUUUACUGAUACUUUAGGCGAUUUUAAGUAAAAUAGUAUAUAUAACAUAACAUCCAAAGCACAUUGGAUCAAGAUGUUAGCCUUUUUUUUUUUUUUUUUUUUUUUUUUAGCUUAUACUAAUGAUAAUUUUCCAUUUUUGGGAUGUUUUCUGUGAGCCUGUUUAGCUUGCCUAACUUAUUCUGUAUGUUUAAAAAUAUACUUAUGUAUAUAUAAAAAAUAAAAAGUUUAAUGCCCGCUUUCGGGUCCCAAAUGCGGACGAGUGCCUCGUACUCGCCACCAAUCGCCACUUUUAUCUUCUAUUUUUUUUCCUCCCUGUUGAAUGCAGUAACUUUUUGUGGGCCAGUACUCUUUAUUUACUCAGUGCAAUGCAGUUAUUAUGGUUAUAAUGGUUAUAACAUUAAUAAUUUCUUUUGUAUUUGUGUACAGAACAAAAAGUUGUAAAGAUGGACGAGGAAGGGAAAAAAAAAGAAACAUGAGGUUUUUGAUACUGUGACUCUACUCUGGUGUUUAAAAGUCCUUUGUUUUCUUCUUCUGUAUACUUGUGACGAUUAUUUCUCAUCCUCCGUUAUUCUUCUUUUAUAGAAUAAACUUGUUUUUGGUGCAAUUUA